CGCUAACGUUAGCUUAGCUAGCUGACGGGGGUGCCUGCAGACUGCAGUACGCUGCAGUUCAUGAUUUACAAAUAAAAACAAAAAAGUUUUUACCGAACCUGAGUUUGUAACGACAGCAUAAAAUGCAUUUUGUGUAUUUUUUCUUUUAACCUCACAAUGCUGAUACAGGCACAUGUAGAAAAUAUCUUUGAGUUAGCGAGUUAUUUUGUCUAGUGAACAUUAGCUAUCUCAGCUAACGUUCACGUUAGUUUGCCUGGAUGACUUGAGCUGUAGCAGUUUAGCUGCUAGCAUUCAACAGAUACAGCAAGCUGGCUGAAACCAAAGCGUACCAAAUCUGAAGUUAGGUCAAGAAAGUAUGUCGGACUCGGACAGUGACGAGGAUCAGGAUCGCCCUUUCUCUCUAACUGGAUUCCUCUUCGGAAACAUCAAUGAAGAUGGACAGCUUGAGGAUGACAGUGUACUGGACAAUGAGUCCAAAAAGCAUUUGGCUGGUUUGGGUAGUCUGGGUCUGGGCUCACUCAUUACAGAGAUCACUGCCAACGAGGAGGGUGAUCAAGAUGAAAACAGAGACUCUGGUAGUGUGGAUGCAGAAGGUUGGGUGAAAAGCACGGACGAUGCAGUGGAUUACUCUGACAUUAGUGAGGUGGCUGAGGAUGAGACAAAAAAGUACCGUCAGGCCAUGGGGUCUUUGCAGCCCAGCAGAAAAACAGAUGACGAGGAUGACUAUGAUGCUGACUGCGAGGAUAUUGAUUCUAAGCUUAUGCCUCCUCCACCACCACCAAGUCUUCCUACAGCUGCAAAGAAAGAGGAACCCUCCUCUCCGAGCACAAAUGUUGGGGAAGAGGGGGAUGGCAUCAUCCUGCCCUCCAUCAUUGCACCAUCUUCUACGGCUGAUAAGGUUGACUUCAGCAGCUCCUCAGACUCUGAGUCAGAGACUGACCGUCCCUGCCAGGGUUUGGGGGCGGGAGGCCCCCCUGAUAGUCUCAACCUCCCUCUUGCUGGCAUCAUGCAAAAAGAUGCUGCCAAAGCGCUUCCAGGUGUCACACAGCUCUUCCCAGAGUUUAGGCCUGGAAGGGUGCUUAGGUUCUUACGACUGUUUGGUCCUGGUAAGAACAUGCCAUCCGUUUGGAGGAGUGCCCGCAGGAAGAAGAAGCGGAAGCACAGAGACCCUCAGCCUGGGACACCUCCUCCAGAAGGAGAGUCCACAGAGCAAAGCCAGGAGAAGAAGUCUGGAUGGCUGUACGAGUAUGCACCCCCUCCACCCCCAGAGCAGUGUCUCUCUGAUGAUGAGAUAACCAUGAUGGCCCCAGUAGAAUCUAAGUUCUCACAAACUUGUGGGGAUGGGGACAAGGAGGCAGAGUCUCGACCUAAAGUAGCAGAAUGGAGAUAUGGUCCAGCCCAGCUCUGGUACGACAUGCUAGGCGUCUCUGAGGAUGGAAGCAACUUCAACUACGGCUUAAAGCUAAAAGAACACCAGAGCAGUGAGCCUCAGCAGCAGGACACACAAAAAGAAAUAACAGAGACUGCACAUGAGUUUCUGAGGCGGGAGGCCAAUGACGAUGAUGAUAAUGAUAAUGAUGAUGAAGAUAAGGAUUUAUCAGCCCUUGAGAAUGAGCUCUUCCUGAUGGUCACUCAACUGAAAUGGGAGGACGAUAUCAUCUGGAAUGGGGAGGACAUAAAACACAAGGGCACAAAGACUCAGCGGGCCAGCCUGGCUGGAUGGCUGCCCUCUAGCAUGACCCGCAAUGCCAACGCUUAUAACGCCCAGCAGGGUCUAACAAGAAGUAAUUCCCAGUUGGUGCCACCUACGCCUCCCCCCAUGCCCAAAGUUUCUUCAAUCUCUGGCUCUAAGCGUGAAAAAAACAGCCAUGAAAAUCAAUCCUUCCUGGAAGAAGACUCUCCCUGGUUCUCCAUUUUUCCCAUUGACAGUGAGGAGUUAGUGUAUGGACGCUGGGAAGAUAACAUAAUCUGGGAUGACCAGGAGAUGGAUCACAUCCUCAUGCCACCUGUUCUUACACUGGAUCCCAAUGAUGAAAAUAUCAUCCUAGAAAUCCCUAAUGAAAAGGAGGAGAUGACUUCCCACUCCCCGUCAAAAGAGAAUAAGAAGGAAACAGCAAUCAAAAAGAGCCGCAUCCUGCUGGGAAAAACUGGGGUGAUAAAAGAUGAGCCACAGCAGAACAUGUCCCAACCUGAACAAAAGGACCCCUGGAACCUCUCCAAUGAUGAGUUCUACUAUCCUAAACAGCAAGGCCUGAGGGGGACCUUCGGUGGCAACAUCAUUCAGCACUCCAUCCCUGCACUGGAGCUAAGGCAGCCCUUCUUUCCUACUCACAUGGGGCCCAUGAAGCUGCGUCAGUUUCAUCGACCGACUCUGAAGAAAUACUCAUUUGGGUCUUUGGCUCAGCCAGGUCCCCAUCCUGUCCAACCACUGCUCAAACACAUUAAGAAAAAGGCUAAGAUGCGAGAGCAGGAGCGACAGGCAGCAGGAGGAGGAGAUAUGUUCUUCAUGCGAACCCCACAGGACUUGACGGGUAAAGAUGGAGAUCUGAUCCUGGCCGAGUACAGUGAAGAAUACCCCCCUCUCAUCAUGCAAGUUGGCUUGGCCACUAAGAUCAAAAACUACUACAAAAGGAAACCUGGAAAAGAUCCUGGAGCACCCGACUGUAAAUAUGGAGAGACUGUGUACUGCCACACAUCCCCUUUCCUGGGUUCUCUUCAUCCUGGACAGCUGCUCCAGGCAUUUGAAAACAACCUUUUCCGUGCUCCAAUAUACCUGCACAAGAUGCCAGAGACUGAUUUUUUGGUUCUGCGAACGCGACACGGCUACUACAUUAGAGAGCUUGUGGACAUUGUUGUAGUUGGUCAGCAGUGCCCCUUAUUUGAGGUUCCAGGGCCCAACUCCAAACGAGCCAAUACUCAUAUCAGAGACUUCUUACAGGUGUUCAUUUACCGCUUGUUCUGGAAGAGCAAGGAUCGGCCCAGGAGAAUCCGCAUGGAGGAUAUAAAGAAAGCUUUUCCUUCACACUCAGAGAGCAGCAUCAGAAAACGACUAAAACUCUGUGCUGACUUCAAACGUACAGAUAGUAAAGCAGGGAGCAGGGAAAGAGCUUUUUACACCUACUUUGGAUUUUAUCCUGAAGGGAUGGACUCUAACUGGUGGGUGCUUAAGCCUGACUUCCGAUUGCCUACAGAGGAGGAGAUCAGGGCCAUGGUGUCUCCAGAGCAGUGCUGUGCUUACUAUAGCAUGCUUGUGGCAGAGCAAAGACUCAAGGAUGCUGGAUAUGGUGAGAAAUCCUUUUUUGCUCCAGAGGAGGAGAACGAAGAGGACUUUCAAAUGAAAAUUGAUGAUGAGGUGCGGACAGCUCCUUGGAACACAACAAGAGCCUUCAUUUCUGCCAUGAAGGGGAAAUGCCUUUUGGAAGUUACAGGCGUGGCUGAUCCUACAGGCUGUGGAGAAGGUUUUUCCUACGUCAAAGUGCCCAACAAGCCUACUCAACAGAAGGAUGACAAAGAGCCACAGCCUGCCAAAAAGACAGUGACGGGGACAGAUGCUGAUCUGAGGAGACUCUCACUGAAGAAUGCCAAGCAGCUGCUGCGCAAGUUUGGUGUUCCAGAGGAAGAGAUCAAGAAGCUCUCACGCUGGGAGGUGAUUGACGUGGUGAGAACCAUGUCCACAGAGCAGGCACGUUCUGGGGAGGGACCCAUGAGCAAGUUUGCCAGAGGCUCUCGUUUCUCCGUUGCGGAACACCAAGAACGCUACAAGGAAGAGUGCCAGAGGAUCUUUGACCUGCAGAACAAAGUGUUAGAGUCGACAGAGGUGCUCUCCACAGACACAGACAGCAGCUCGGCAGAGGACAGUGACUUUGAGGAGAUGGGGAAGAACAUUGAGAACAUGCUUCAGAACAAGAAGACCAGCUCCCAGCUUUCCCGUGAGAGGGAGGAGCAAGAGAGGAAGGAGCUGCAGAGGAUGCUAAUGGGCGAGGAGAGUGACCGUGACCACAAGGGACGCAAGGAGCGGCGCAAAGGCUUGUCCAGCUCCUUAUCCACCAGUUCCCACAAGGAUGAUGACACUUCCUCCGUCACCAGCCUAAACUCUUCAGCCACAGGACGGCGACUCAAGAUCUAUCGCACCUUCAAGGAUGAGGACGGCAAGGAAUAUGUUCGAUGCGAGACAGUUCGCAAGGCUUCUGUUAUUGACGCCUACACCAGGAUCCGAACCACCAAGGAUGAUGAAUUCAUACGAAAGUUUGCCCUCUUUGAUGAGCAGCACAGAGAGGAGAUGAGAAAGGAGCGCCGGCGUAUUCAGGAGCAGCUGAGGAGGCUGAAGAGAAACCAAGAGAAAGACAAGAUCAAGGGACCGCCAGAAAAGAAGGCCAAGAAGGUCAAAGAGAGACCAGACCUCAAGGUAAAAUUAAAGUGCGGAGCAUGUGGAGCCAUUGGACACAUGAGGACCAACAAGUUUUGCCCGCUGUACUAUCAGACCAACGCCCCACCUUCUAACCCAGUUGCAAUGACAGAGGAGCAGGAGGAGGAGCUGGAAAAGACCGUCAUCCACAACGACAAUGAGGAACUGAUCAAGGUGGAGGGCACCAAAAUUGUUUUGGGCAAACAACUCAUUGAAAGUGCUGAUGAAGUGCGCAGAAAGUCUUUAGUGCUCAAGUUCCCCAAGCAACAGCUCCCACAGAAGAAGAAGCGACGCGUUGGCAACGCUGUGCACUGUGACUACCUCAAUAAACCACAUAAGGCCAUCCACCGCAGACGCACGGACCCCAUGGUGACAUUGUCUUCUGUGCUAGAGAGCAUCAUCAAUGACAUGCGGGAUCACCCUAAUACAUAUCCAUUCCACACACCAGUGAAUGCUAAGGUUGUGAAGGACUACUAUAAGAUCAUCACACGGCCCAUGGACCUGCAGACGCUAAGAGAGAAUGUACGUAAGAGACUGUACCCAUCCAGGGAGGAGUUCCGUGAAGCAGUGGAGGUUAUCGUCAAAAACAGCGCCACCUACAAUGGGGCAAAACAUCCAAUAACACAGGUAGCACAGUCCAUGCUGGACCUGUGUGAUGCUAAACUGAAAGAGAAGGAGGACAGGCUGGUAAGGCUGGAGAAAGCCAUCAACCCCUUGCUGGAUGAUGAUGAUCAAGUGGCCUUCUCUUUCAUUCUGGACAACAUUGUGACCCAGAAAAUGAUGGUGGUUCCCGAUUCAUGGCCAUUUCACCAUCCUGUCAACAAAAAAUUUGUGCCCGACUAUUACAAGGUGAUUGUAAGCCCAAUGGAUCUGGAGAACAUCCGCAAGAACAUCUCCAAACACAAAUACCAGAACCGAGAUGCGUUCCUUUCAGAUGUCAGUCUCAUUCAUGCCAACAGUAUCAAGUACAAUGGCCCAGACAGUCCUUAUACCAAGACAGCCCUGGAUAUUGUCAAUGUGUGCAAGCAAACCUUGGCAGAGUAUGAUGAGCACUUGACUCAGUUGGAGAAGGACAUCUCUACUGCUAAAGAGGCAGCUUUAGAUGCAGCUGACUUGGAGAGUCUGGACUCAAUGAUGCCUGGGCCAUACACACCACAGCCUGCUGAUCUGUUUGACAGCGGUGCUUCAGGGAGUCUGCCCAGAGAGACCAGCAGCAUUUUCUCUGAGGGACCUCUAGUGGUUACUCCAGAGAAGAGAGGGGGGCAGGGUCGCCACGGCAGAAGACCUGGGGAGGAAGAGUCAGAUGUGGACAUUGAAGGCUUUGAGGAGGAAGAUGAUGGCAAACCCAAAACUCCUGCUCCUGCAGAGGACGCAGACAGAGAUCUAGAGGACGACGAUGAUGAAGAGGACAUGUUGCUGCCACCUCGCAGACGGGUGCACGACCAGGAGGACGAGGAGGAGGACGAGGAGGAGGAAGAGGACGGACUAUCUAACCGCCCAGCCCAAGCCAGCGUGCUGUACCAGGAUCUGCUCAUGUCUGACGGAGAGGACGAUGCCAGCGAAGAGGAGGGCGACAACCCUUUCUCCUCCAUACAGCUGUCGGAGAGCGGUAGCGAUUCUGAUAGAGAGUUGGAUGUGCGACCUGCACCCCCACGGAGAGCUCAAGAGACGGCCCGCAUGGGCAUGGAGCAAGACGAGAGCAUGAUGUCAUAUGAAGGGGACGGGCCUGAUGGGCCUCACAUGGAAGACAGCAAUGUCAGUUACGGCAGCUAUGAGGAGACAGAGAGCCGGAGUCACAUGCAGCCCUCUAGCAUGGGGAACGGAGAAGACUACGGCAUCAGCGAAGAGGAGGAGGAAGAUGAAGAGGAUGAAGCACGGAGGAGAGGCCCAGCUGUGCUCUCCCAGGUCCAGCUCAGUGAAGACGAGGAGAGCGAAGAGUUCCGAUCUAUAGGGGGAGACAGCGACAUGGACUCUGACAUCUAGUCUGUAGUCAGUUUUUUGUUUUUUAUCCGCAGUAUAAAGGAGACAUUGUUAAUAAUCACAUUUUUAAAAUGGAGAAACUGAGACUUUGUCAAGAAACGUUUUGUACAUACUUAUUUUGUAAAUGAUGGUUAAUGUUUAUAGCUUCCUCUUCCACUGUUAGCUCUGUUGUACCUACAGUAUAGGGACAUACAGCACAUUGUAAAUUUCAUUUUGCCUUUUAUACAGUAUGUUGAAUGAAUAUCAUGCAUCUUGACAUGAAAGUGUGUGUACAGUUGUUUUAACUCAUUAAUAUCUUGCGCUAACAAAUAGUUCAGCAACUCUACUUUUUCUAUCCCAGUUCCUGAUUUCAAAAUGGAAUAAACGUACUGAAGGUUAACAGUCAGCUCUCUCUUAAAAAUAAAAAAAUCAUUAAAUCAUAUAUUACUCACAGACAUUAAGCUGCAGUUAAACAUCAUAAAACAUUGUCCUCUUCCUCAGUUGAAAUUGACACCAGUCAUGUAUUACAGGAACAGACUCUGGAUUUAGUAUUCUGAUAGUUUUUAAUCUUCAAUCGCUAAACCUCAUGGAGUUUAGUUUAAUAAAGUGGUGGAACUACUCGUCUGGGUGAUCCAUUUAGGGACGUAUCAGGUCCAUGCAGUUCAGUUUCCAAAUCGACAUGUUUAAUCAAAAAAA